CCCCUCCCACAUUGACUGUCAAUAAGGUAUAAGUCCCUCCCACCCACCACUAUAAAGCCUCUCACGUUGACUGUGUACACUCUGACAAAUAGGUAACUACAGCCACAGAAAAAGCACCCACCCAGGAGUAACUGGAGAGAUCUAUGCAACUGGCAGCCUCCCAGUGAAGUGAAUUGUUUUGAGCCUGAGAAGAAGACUGAAGGAGAUGACUCGUCACUCUCAUCCAUGUAGAAUUUAUGGUAUUCCUGAGCACAGAGAAAUUUGCCAUUGCUCAAAACUGUUUUUGUCCAGAUAUUAAAUUGGGCAAAAUAAUGACCAGGGACUGAAGAGGGUCAGAGUUCACAUAACCAGCUUUUUGGACCAUCUUAUGUAAGCAUGGUAUAAUCCAGGCUCCAGCCAAUAUGAAAGUGCAUCUUCAAACCAUCAUCUGCGGGUGUGUUCUAGCCACAGUCCUACCGCUGGUGAAAGGGACAGUCCUACCGCUGGUGAAAGGCACAGUCCUACCACUGGUGAAAGGCACAGUCCUACCGCUGGUGAAAGGCACCAAAGUUGACCUCAACUCCAACAUGAAAAAGAGAUUUAGAGUCUGGUUACAGAGCCGCACAAGAGAAGAUUUCCAAAGCAGCUCUGCAGUGAACUCAGGGAUCCUCAGUGGACCAGGGCAGAGAGAGGAGACAGACCCCUCAGUAUUUCAUUCCAGGUCCAGAAGAUCCAUUGUGACCUCAGUGAAAAGACCAGGCUGUUCUCUGGGAACAUGCAGCCUGCAUGACCUGGCCCAUCGGCUACACAUCCUCAACAACAAGUUAAAGGUCAACAGAGCCCCGGAGGACAAGAUCAGCUCACAGGGUUACGGUCGCCGCCGCCGCAGGUCGCCACAGUCACUCCCACAGCGCUACGCAACGCUAAGUCUCCAAGCAGGCAGAGUGAGACUGAACUGCAGCAGAGAGUGCAGCCAAGGACUCCACCUACAGGCCAUCCCUCUCAGACAAACUUGAGACGGGCAGAGAACAGGAAGAGGAGUGUCGAUCUAGCAAAUAUCAAGCACUUUUUUUAUGUUUGGGGCUGGCUGAGAUAUUACUGAGGUCCUAUUCCUGAGCAUUCCUUUCCUGCGUGGGGAAAAGGAGGACAAGGUCAAUGGAGCAGGAAACAAUUUUCACGCCACUGGAUGGAAGAUAGAGGGGCACAAGAAGGUGUGGGGGUGGGGUCUAAAAGAGGUGUGUGUGUGUGUGUGUGUGUGUGUGUGUGUGUGUGUGUGUGUAUAUUCCUGUUGCAGUGACUUCUGCACUCUCAGAGCUGUGGAACUUGACACACUUCUGUCUCUUUCCCAGCUCAGGAGACAUUCUCUCACCCCUGUGGCAGCAUAGAAAGAGUGGCUUGGUUGAAUACUGUCGCUCCAAACCACACCACUGCACUAGGGCUAGGACUAGAGCUUAACCUCUAGACUAGAUUGGGGACUAGAGUUUAACCCUGAGACCAGACUGGGGCUUGGACUAGAGGUUAAUCCUUAGACUAGACUGGGGCUGGGACUAGAGCUUAACCCCUAGACCAGACUGGGACUAGAGGUUAAUCCCUAGACCAGAUUGGGGCUGGGACUAGAGGUUAAUCCUUAGACUAGACUGGGGCUGGGACUAGAGCUUAACCCUUGGACUAGACUGGGGCUGGGACUAGAGCUUAACCCCUAGACCAGACUGGGGCUGGGACUAGAGCUUAACCCUUGGACUAGGCUGGGACUAGAGCUGGGCCAGGAGCCUAGCAGGAGAAGAGGAGGACAUAUAACAUGCUCAUGACUGACUAAUUUCACAUAUACCACCAAUAUCAGUUCAAAACAAUAUCAAUGGUGGUGAGAGACACUGUAACAGAAAUAUUUGGUCAAUGUGUUAUGUAUUUUGUACUCAUAAAGGAUUAUCUACUUGAACUUGAGUUUAUGUAUAUAGAGAUAAGUGCAAUGUAUAUAUACAGCAAAUUGUUACCAAGUGUUGAUUUUUCAGUGUAACAUUUCUAGUGUUGAUUCAGGUGUUAAAGUCACUCUGUAAGUGUUAACUUAAUUACCAAUGUUAAAACAAAACCACACCCUUCAUUAUCAUAUUUCCCAGCAUGCUCUAUUGCAGGAUGAUUUUUUAAAAAAUUGUUUGUUUCAAUAUCUAUGUUUUUGCAUGUACAUUGAUUGAUUUAAUUAAUCUUAAGCUACUCAAAUAUACAUUUGUCUAAACUAAUCAAAUCUGUUAAUUGGACUUUUUUUCAACCAUUACUGAAAUGGUGGUUCCAGGUAAUAUGCUUUACUUCAGCGAUUUAAAACUAGAUUUGCCCAAGAGGCUGUAGUUGGUUUUCAACGGGGCCACUGAAAAUUGGUUGUAUCAGCAAGAAAAUUAUUAUUCCUUUUUUCAGGAUCCUGUCUGUCAAAGAUAAUUUGUAAAAAUCCAAAGAACUUCACAGAUCUUCAUUGUAAAGGGUUUAAACACUGUUUCCCAUGC